AAGCCAUUUAUACCUCGUGAGCUUUACGUGCGCCUGUGGCUAGCCAGUCUGUCCUCACCGUCCUUCAGGUGUCGCCUGUCCUUCUCGGAGUUGGGUUGUAAGAAAACACACAGAGCACAAUGGGAGAUGAAGAGAAAAAGAAGAUGUCCGCCACCCGCAAGCAGCAUCUUAAGAGCUUGAUGCUGCAGAUCGCCAAGCAGCACAUCGAGAAGGAAGAAACUGACCGAGCUGCAGAGAAGGAGCGCUACCUCCAGGAGCACUGCCCACCAUUGUCCAUGGGGGGCUCCAUGCAGGAGCUGCAGGAUUUGUGCAAACAGCUGCAAGGCAAGAUCGACGUCAUCGACGAGGAAAGAUACGACUUGGAGGCGAAGGCUAACAAGUGCCAGAAGGAGAUUGAAGACCUCAACCAGAAAGUGUUUGACCUGAAGGGCAAAUUCAAGAGGCCACCCCUGCGCAGAGUGCGCAUGUCCGCUGAUGCCAUGUUGCGUGCCCUGCUGGGCUCCAAGCACAAAGUGUCCAUGGAUUUGAGGGCCAACCUGAAGCAAGUAAAGAAAGAAGAGAAAGAGCAGGAUCUGCGGGACGUCGGUGACUGGCGUAAGAACAUUGAAGAGAAGGCCGGCAUGGAAGGCAGGAAGAAGAUGUUCGAGUCUGAGGCUUAAGUGCCCCCGGGGUCAGCCAGCCUUGUAUUUAAAUAUACUUUGUGAUGGCCCAGUCCACGUCGUAACCAGUAAUCUCCAAGUCUCCCUCACUGUGUGUUUGCGGGUCUGUGUUUGUGUUUUGCGUGUGUUUGCGUGGCCAACCACGUCAAGCGCCGCCUGUCAAGUCCAAAAGAAAACGCUGCCAUACUUAUGCAUGUGCCGUGCCAUCGAGCCAUUCGGAGUCGCAGCUGUCGCUGUUAUGAAGCUGGGAAGCACACCUUUGUCAGGAAUAUAUUUCAUUUUAAAAUA